GAUCCGACUUAUGCAGUAGUGUAGUGGCUAGCAGAAUAAGUUAUUGAUUUGCCUGUGCUGGCCGGAGGAGCUGUGGUACGGAUAUUGGCAAAACGGGAGAAAAUAUUUUUCGCUCGAAACUGUAGCUACAAUGAUUAAGCAUUCGGUGCAUAAGUUAAAGCCAAAGCAGCUCAGCAGCAAACAGGCUAACCACGGUGUUGAUGCAUAGGGUAAUCGAAUGAACGAAAAGCUCAAUCUGUAGUUUAACGUGGUGAGAAGAAAGUGUGAAAGAAGAAAGCAACAUAAUCGCAAAAAAGGUGUUUUUAGUUUUGAUCCGCUUCGCCGGAGAGGCAAGCUGAGGGAGAGGAAGAAUAGUUACAACAGUGCAAGUUGGUGUUAGCGUUCGGGCCAUACCCGGAGAGCGACGAAAAUUGUGGGGAACUGGGUUCCCCGCCAGAACAAGGUUAUCAUAUCCUUUCUCAUCUCCGGAAGCGCAUUUAAAGGAAGUGCAGAUAAGGCCAACCGAGCGGAGGUGGUUCCGCCGCAUCGCUGUUGCACAGGAAGAUGGCCUCCGGUGACACGGCGGCGAUCGACACGAUUGACGUGGAAUCGGCCCUGUCCACAAAGAAUUCCGAGUACACCACCAGCAGCAGCAUCUACAACCGGGGGGAGCAGAUCCUAGAGCCGGACGAAUAUGGAAAGUUCAUUAGGGAUACACCGGGCAAGACCAUCCUUGCAGAUGGGAUGUCGGCGGACCAAGCGCUGGCCUCGCGGCCGCACCGGCCAAAGUCUGACAAGGAGCGCAAGAUUGGUCACCGGCGGGUGGGUGAAGGGGGCGAGAUUACCUACAAGAAAAUCCAAACCACCCAGAUUAUGGGCUCGAUUCAGCUGGGAAUUCAGCAUACGGUGGGCAGCCUGGCGUCCAAACCCCGGCGGGAUCUGUUGAUGAUGGACUUCUGGGAGCUGGAGACGAUAUCGUUCCCGCCGGAAGGUUCCAGCAUGACGCCGGCGCACCACUUUAGCGAGUUCAAGUUCAAAAUUUAUGCUCCAAUAGCGUUUAGGUACUUUCGGGAUCUGUUCGGCAUUCAGCCGGAUGAUUUCAUGAUGUCAAUGUGUUCAGCUCCGCUACGGGAGCUCUCGAAUCCGGGAGCGUCCGGUUCGAUUUUUUAUCUGACCGAUGACGACGAGUUUAUCAUCAAGACUGUAAUGCAUAAGGAGGGCGAGUUUCUGCAGAAACUGUUACCAGGAUAUUACAUGAAUCUAAAUCAAAAUCCCCGCACCCUGCUGCCCAAGUUCUUCGGGCUCUACUGUUACCAGUGCAAUAGUAAAAACGUUCGAUUAGUGGCGAUGAAUAAUCUGCUGCCGUCGUACGUCAAGAUGCAUUUAAAGUAUGAUUUGAAGGGAUCGACGUACAAGCGAAAGGCCAACAAAGCCGAGCGAGCGAAAUCUUCCCCCACAUACAAGGAUCUGGAUUUUAUAGAGCACCAUCCAAACGGCAUCUUUCUCGAGGCGGACACCUGCAAUGCUCUAAUCAAAACCAUCCAACGGGACUGUCGGGUGCUAGAGUCGUUCAAAAUCAUGGACUACUCGUUGCUGGUCGGUAUCCACAAUCUCGAUCUGGCACUGAAAGAGAAGCAAGAAGCGGCAGCCAAGGCCCGAUCCGAGGGGGAAUCGGACUACGAGGAUGCACCGGAGGCGGACCAGUACAUGGUGCAGGAGCGCGAGGAGCGAACGACGGCCCUCAAUCGGAGCAGGAACAGUACCUAUGGAAAAAUGCUAUUUAGGUCCAUUAACCGGCAGCGGCUUGUUGCGCAUUCGACUGCAAUGGAAAGUAUUCAGGCCGAAAGUGAACCAAUCGAUGAAGAGGACGAUGUACCACCGGGUGGUAUUCCUGCACGCAGCGAGAAGGGUGAGCGGCUCCUGCUGUUCAUCGGUAUUAUCGAUAUUUUGCAAUCCUAUAGGUUAAGGAAAAAGCUGGAACAUACAUGGAAGAGUAUUAUACACGAUGGUGAUACCGUAUCGGUACACCGGCCCUCGUUCUAUGCACAACGUUUCCAGGACUUCAUGGCGAAGACUGUCUUCAAGAAAAUUCCAUCCCUGGAUCUUCCCGAGAUCAAAGGCAAUCAUAGAAAAUUUCGCACGUUGGUCACCAGCUAUAUAGCGCUAAAACACUCACCGUCUAAGAGAAAAAGUCUCUCGAAAGCAGCACAGAGAGCCAAAAACGAUGAAACUGACAGUCAACGUAAGUCCGUUGCAGGCAGUUCCCACCAACAUCACCACAAUCAUCAACAACAGCAGCAACAGCAACAGUCUCAGCAGUCUCAGUUCCAUCCGACACAGACGCAUUUCAACCAGCAUACAACCGGAACACCUAAAUCGGAGCUGGACGGUACAUCCAGUGUGCAACCUACUAUAUCCCUGACGAUGACCAGCUCCGGCAGUAACGGGGCUGGUAAUGCUUCCACCGGCCAGGUCGCGGGUGGACCAGGAGUUAAGCCUGCGCGGGCAGGCGGCGUGGGUAGCAGUGCAGUGACUCCAACGAUGCCACCGCUAAAGAAGAAAACUUCCAUUGUGAAAGCUAGCGUGCCACCGCCGGUUCCGCCCCGUGGUUCACCCAAAAUGAGCAAGGCUGGCAUGAAAGGCGGCGGCGGCGGAGGAAACCCGGGAGCUACCGGGUCGCUACCAAGUCAGUCCGGCAGUAGCUACCGGGGCAGAUCCAGUGCAGGCACAUCUCCUUCCUGCUCUUCCACCCCUCCCCCUGCUUUCGACGACAUCUCCGAGCAUGGUAGCAGUAGUCAUCGGCACUCCUCGGACGAUAAAACGGGCAGCAGCAGCGGUAUCGGUAGCGGAAGUGGCAGUGGAGGUGGUAUUGGCAGCCGCGGUGGUGGCAGCAAUGGGGGCGGCGCUGGAGGUGACGGAGGAACGGUGGAUCGGCGUAGCACAUCCUGCCGGAGUGAUAACUACAAGGAAGACUCGAUUAGUAUAUCAGAAAUAAGAUUAGAAAGUCAUUUAGCAGUCGAAUCGUCAUCCAAUAGCAAUUACGGAUCUAGAGGUGCGCUAGCGUGGACACCGCCGGCAUCAGUCGAAGGUUCAACACCCACCUGGACCGAAGGAACGCCCAGUUUCACGGAGUCCAGCUCUAGCGGCGAUAUAGGAACAUUCUCAGGCCAGUCAUCUCCCCUGCAUACGACCCUCUCGGACCGGGACCGCCACAAGCCAACGGUCGAGAAGGCCCUCAACUCGCUCACGUCCGAAAUGGAAAAUUUAAGAUAUCAAGUAGAUUAUGAUUACAAUUGAGAAGUGUGUGGCGGAACGAACUGAUCAUUGUAGUAGGGAUCGCGUAGCUCAUGACGAACAAAGACGAACUGGACACCGCAUCGAAAUAAGCAAACUCGAUAUUGUAGGAUGAGUUUCUGUGAGAUAUAUACAUUUGUGCAAGCCGAAAAUAAUAUAUAUAUACACACACAAGCAUUAGGUAACUUAGGCCAUCGUUCGUCAUCGGGAAUAUAAAUACUUAUUAGCUAUGAAUUGAAGAUAUAUCCAACAAAGAAGUAAAUUACCUACCUGUUCUGUAAAAAGUUGAAAAUUUCUCGAAGUUGAUGAUACUCGUUACGAAAUAAUUCCCAAUAAACCAACCAAUGCAACAUAGUUGAUGUAAUUUUCGAGGUAUUCAGUCGAAUGUACAUAUUAAUAUGAUUACUAUUGAAGGAAUGAAACAUAUUUCAUCUCGUGCAAAUAUCAUUACUCAAGUUCGUAACCUGUAAGUAUGUAUACACACAUAUACUCCAAUAAAAAAACCAUUGUAUUUAGAAUAUUUACUAUUGAGCAAUGUUUUGUUGACUAAUCAAAAUUUACCAUUUGAAGUGAGCAAGCAGAAGUGAUUGUUUAUUUAUCAUCUGACACUAUUUUACGAUGCAUUGUGAGAGUGUUGCGAGAAUAACAUCGUAAAAGCUAAGUAACUCAAAACCAACAAAUGAAACUAAGAGGAUAAUAAGACUUAUCAUUCUAACAUUGACAUACUCAUUAGCUUAAAGUGCAAGCGCGGAACAAUUCUAUCCUUUCCAUUUUUUUGGCUUUAAUUUCUCAAACAAAUAAACGAAGCGUUGUUUAAUAACACCUGCUAAUUAUGGACAUGAUUUAGCACACAGGUAUAAUAAACAAGGCCUUUUGAACUUAUUUUUCUCUGUUCGGUUUAGUUGGAAGUCAUAGAAGAUUGCUUCGUUAGAAGUUAUACCAGCCCAAGUUCGCUGGAUGAGAGCGACAGUGACAAUGGCGAAGAACAAAUCCAGUCGGACAGCAGCCGGAAGACGACGGACGGUUCGUGUGAGUAAAGUGGGUUGCAGUCCAAACAUUGCGUCAAAAAAAAUAAACGUUUUUAUGAGCUCAGUUGACAAUCAGUUUAUGUUACCUAACAUUUGAAAAGACUAACGAUCGCGAUCAUCAUUAGAAUCUGAAAUUUAAAAAAAAUAUCUCGCGCUUAGGUUGUGUGAACAGUAGUUUGAGCCCAAUUGGUCAGGUUAAAAAAGUGACUGUUUGAUUGGCAACUAUAAUACGAUUUUUUUAAAGAUAUUCCAAAUAAUGAAGAUGUGAACCAGUGAAUAAAGUUUGAUAAGCGAAGGAAUACUUUCACCUGCCGCAGGUUACAAGCUAGGAAGGGGAUUUUGUGGUUGAGAUUGUCAUUAAAUGGUGCAAGAUAAUUGCUGUUCAGUAAUGAGUUGAACGAACUAAAAUUUCUGCCUUUGUGAUAACUGUGUUUUAAACUAAAAAAAAGGAAAGUUGUCAAAACUAAAUUAGGAAACACAAAAGUUUCAUUGCUGGACGACUUUGACAAUCCCUACACCAAAGUGCCAGUGCCUAAGACUUUACAGAACCGAUGACAUAAGAUCUGGGUAAAAAAUGGCGGCGAAGCUGCCCGUGGCUGAAAACCACCUCAAUUAAGAAAUAAAAAAAACUAAGCCGUGGGUCUUCACGAAUAACAGAAACUACACGGACGAAGAGUGAAGAGUUUGGUCAGUGGGCCAGCCAAUGAAACAAUAAUAAAAACGGAUGAAAAAAAAACAAAGAAAACGCUAUGCAUAGUUGGUAAGGAAAGUAUUUACAAAUAAUAAACCAAAAAAUACAACAAUAAUGUAGAUAUGAAAUACGAAACGGGGUCGUGACCGAUAUGUUACAGAGAUAGCCUACAGCUAGGGCUGAAAAAUGUUGAUGACUUUUGUCAAAUUUUUGCUUUUCGUGUUCUGCUAUCAAAACAAAAAUCACGCUUGAAACAAUUGCCAUGAUAGGUUGGAAUAAAAAGGGGCAACAGCGCAGUACACAGCUGCAGGCAUUACAGUUUGCGAAUAUCACGACGAAUAUCAUCGCUGUAUCACGAGAAAACCAUUAUUCAAAUGCAUACAUUCGAAUAGAUAGUUAGGCAUAAUUUGAAAAUUACUGAACCAUCAAAAAUGGCAAAGGAAGAAGAAAACAAAACUAUACCCACACCUUCACAGUAGCGAACCGACAUAUAAUCAGAUGCAAUAACUGUUAAUACAUACUGUUACAUGUUGAUCUUUCGCGUGUCUUUGUUUCCUCACACUUCAAGCAAUAAACCCUUUCCGUUAGUUUUUACGGUUAGCCAUUUUGUUUCUUGUUACCAAUUUUCAUUCUUUUCUACAUUCGAAACAAACAAAUAAAAAAUCAAAACGAAAAUACAAAAAAAAGACGAAAUUGUUGAUAACCUUCCGCGCGAUACCCGUCAAAGUUAUGCAAAUAAAUAUCAUUCAUCUCAAUGUAUCACAUGAUAAGAAGACUACCACAUUAUGAAUCAUGAAAAAUAAAGCCAAGUACACUUAACGAAAACAAUUAAAACCACCUUACUUUAUUUGUGUGAGUAUGCUUACAGCGACAAGGCCACUAUUCCUCUGUGUUCCAUAUUUUUUCUUUGAUUCCAAUUUAAUUGUUUUUAUGUUCUGUUUUCUACUACUCUGGUUUUUCUCACCGUUUCUUUUCUUUCUUCUUACAGACACACCUGUAGAGUAGAUAGAAAUUAGCACUAACAGAUCGUAGCAGGCCUCGUUCCAAACUCAUAGUAGUAUGUUCAUUAUGCCACUAACACACUGAUACUACUACCACAACGCAAUCAACGAUGUUACACCACAGAAACCACAGAAUAGAGUAGUAGCGUAAAUAUGUAUAGCAAGUUAGAAAAUGUGCCAAAGCAAAGCCUCCUGCAAAACGUCACUGGUCUGUCGAAAUAACCAUUUCGCUUCUAGCGAUAGAACCGGUAAUGGAAACGGGCAGAUGCAACUACCAAACAAGUUUAAAAAAAAAAGCAAGAUAAGUGUAAAUAGUAUGACGGCUUACUAACCCUACUGAAGUUGUUGAACGGUUCCACAUUUUACCAGGUUGUAAAGUGAUUGGAGCGCUGCUCGAGCAAACCGUAAAUUUUUAACUAGCUUAUAUCAAGAUGCAGUGCGAGAUUCUGUUCUGCUAGGGUUAAGGCGAUAACCUGCGAUAGUUGUUUCUUUUUUCUACUUUUUCUUUUGCUCCCGGCAGGAUCUGAGUAGUUUCUGUAAUUUAUUUGUUAUUUUGUCCUGUAGAGUGCUCUAUUAUUCUAUGCUAAACGGAACACUAACUAUCGUUUCGAUCUUUCUAACGCGUGUGAAGCUUUUUUUUUGUUGCGGUAUUUAUUGCCUGAGCGUGUUAACUUACUAUUGAUUGAUAUUAUUUGUAAAUAGCGGAACAAUACAAUGCAAACGAUACAGCAUUUGUAAAUAUUCUUAGGUGUUCAACCUGUUUGCUGCUACUAGGUGCUAAUACAGUAGAUGCGAUAGUUUAUUCGUAAUUAGGUUUCCUUAACAACUUUCUUGCGUAAGCUUGUGUACAGUAAAAUACAAAACUUCCCGAACGAAAUUAGUGAAAUUUUACAAACUCAAAUAUCAAUAAACUCAAUCAUAGUUGGAA